ACAUUAACCUAGCUUUUCAUAUUUUCGAAUUUAUGAUCAUAUUUUAGAUGUUUUCAUCGUAUUUUUAUUGCUUUUCAUAAUAACAAUAGUUUUUAAUGUUUAGUGCAUUUCGUAUUUAAGGUAUAAGUUGUGAUUUAUAAACACUUAAAUUAUUACUAAUGGAACAAAAGGAGGAAAAUCCGCCGAAGAAAAGUCGCCAUCGUAAAAAGCAACUUUACAAAAACAUAUUGCAAUUAAUGGAGUUCUAUUUUAGUGAUUCUAAUUUAUCAAAAGAUCGGUUUUUGUCCGAAUUGGUAAUGCAAGAUGCCUUUGUUGACCUACAAGUAUUCUUAAAGUUUAACAAGAUUCGAAAAUUAACUGAAAAUGUAGUGGAUAUUCAGAAAGCAGUAAGUAAAUCGGAAAUAUUAGAACUAUCCGAAGACAAAACUAAAAUAUGUAGGAAAACUCCUUUUGUACCAAAGGAAAAUGUAGAUGAAUGUACCAUAUAUGUAGAAAGGCUAAAUUCUGAUGCUACACAUGAAUGGUUAACAUCAUUAUUCUCUGAAUUUGGUAAAGUAACUUAUGUAUCAAUACCGAAAUAUAAAAACAAUGGCAUGGUCAAGGGUUUUGCAUUUAUUGAGUUUGAAGACCCUAAAGGGGUUGAAAAUACUGUAAACUUUUUUGAGAAAAUAGGUUGCAAAAUACCAUCAAAUAUGGAACCGCAGAAUUUGUGUAGUAUCAUUACCUAUGAAGGUGAUGAAAAAGUAACUAAUAAGACUGAAAAUGAUGGUAAUAACACAGAUCUGGAUUCUACUUCACUAAAACGUGCCCACAGCGAUAAUGACAUAACAUCAAAUAAAAAAUUAAAAUUGGAGAGCAGUGUACAAUCAGUUGUAGAUAAUACGACUCCAGAAAAAGAAAUUGUUAAAAAGAAAAAAAAGAAAGGCAAAAACAAGAAUAACAUUGAAGAACUUGGUCUACAAAUCCUUACAAAGAAGGAAUGGAAAAAGAUGAGAAGCAUUUAUUUAAAUUUACAGAGAAAGAAAAUGAAGGAACUAAAAAACUAUUUGUCUAAACAGCGUUUUAAUAAAAGAGAAAAUAAAAAUUGUAAUCAAUUAACUAAUGUAACAAAAGAAGAAGCAAUAAAGCCUAAUUCAAAAGAUGCAUCUACUAUUGAAUUUAAAGAAGGUCUUAUAGUUAAAGUAAUUUUACCGGAGCCUUAUCAAUCAGGCAAAAUGUUAAAGAAUGAAAUAAAGAAUCAUUGUCCUGAAGUUGUAUAUGUUGAUAUGUCUAGUGAAAAUGAAGAAAUAUUCGUUCGAUUUUCCGAACCAGAACAUGCCAAACAGUUCUGUGCUUCAGGUUUUGAAGGGGAUUGUUUGAUAUUAAAAGAGAUUGAAGAAAAAAAAUACUGGGAAAAGAUUUUGGCUGACAGAAAUAAUAAACGAACAAAGAAUUUAAAAAGGCAACGAGGCCGAGAUAAACUUUUAAAAAAGGCUGAAAAGUAUACAUACAUCUCUUCAUUUCUAAGUAAUACGAAUAAAAUGGAGAAUCGUAGUUAUUAACUGUCGUUUUUAAUUUGUUACCAAAGUAUGAAAUAAGUAAAAAUUGUAAAAAAAAACGUCAUUGUGCUUUAUUAAAUAUCUGUCUGCUUAUACAAAUUAUAAUUUUUUGCAUGUUCAGCACAAAACAAUAAACAUGUUACCAUGU